GGGGGGGGGCGAGGCUGAAUUUAACUUAUUAUUCGCAGCUUCUUAUUGACGCUAUCCGUUCCACCUUAAAAACACAACGCUUCCGCGUUUCUUAGCUUCUUAUUCACGCUUAACUUAGGAGCCGUCUCUAUUUGUGUCUCGUAUUCAGAAAGAAUUGUAAUAAGAUUUAAUGUUUAUAGUACGCUUUCGCUCUUUUCUCAGCGUUAUUUACGUUUUAAAAUAGUUUAUUGUUCGUUUCUGAAAUAUAGACACACCUAGAGACGGUGUCUACCUUAAAGCGUGAAAUAAGAAGCGUCGCGUUUUUAAGGUGGAACGGAUAGCGUCAAUAAGAAGUUGCGAAUAAGAAGCUGAAUACAUCACAUCAGGCUGGUUUGAAGAGCAUGAAAGUGUUAAUAUUUAAUAGAAAUGAUCCACUUUUGCAUGCUGCGUUAACAUAAAUCGUCCAUAUUGCUGCUAUAAUCUGAUACUGAAAUGCACGGCUGUUUUGUUUUGCCCUGACUUUGCACUCGGCAUCAUGAGUUUUUGUUAACCCUUUGUUGUCAUCUGUUUUCCGUGAAUAGUUUAUGUGCACAAAAUGAUCAUUCUUGGAACCGAGGAGCUCAAACAAGCCGAGAGCGUUUUGAAGCAGAGUUUUCCGGAGUCCAUUAAGGUUUAUGGCUGUAUAUUCAACAUAACCAGAGGAAAGCCACACAAUCUGGAGGUUAUUGCAGACCAGUGGCCAGAUUUCAAUGUCAUUAUUUGCAAACCCAAAGUUCAGGGAACAAAGGAUCGAGAAGGAGACUUUAACAUAUACAGCAUCUACUCAAAGAGCAAAGAGAGUCUGAAAACCCUUCUGGACACACCUGGGCUGAUCAAUAAACAUGCAUUCACAUUAUUAGCAGGGGUUGACAUCAGGCAUUUAGAAGCAGUUCAGGAGUUUGCGGAUCAACAUGGACUUCCCUGGAAAGUUCAAGUAGUGGUGAAUGUCUUACUGCUGCAGGAUGAGCGACAGCUGCUGUUUAAAGAGAGUUAUGCUGGACUCAGACUGACUCCGCUCAGUGCAGCUCACGCUCAUCUAGUAAACAGCACGUGGAAAUACGGUGGAGACAGUAACAGCUACAACUCUGUGCUGAACUACAUUACCCACAAUCCUUCACUGUGUGUGAUAGAGGAGGGCAGCACUGAGCCCGUCUCCUGGCUGCUUGUGUACCAACACGCUGCUCUUGGUUUGCUCUACACAUUACCACAACACAGAAGGAAAGGCUACGCGAAGUUACUGGUGUCUGUGAUGGCCAAAACCCUCCUGGAGCGAGGACACCCGGUCUACUGUUUUGUGGAAAAGGAAAAUGACUCUUCAUACAAACUUUUCACAUCACUUGGGUUCCAGGAUUCAGCAGAUUACAGGGCUGUGUGGUUUGAGAUCAAUAAACGACAAUAAUUACAAAUAUAAAUCAGCUAAAAAAAAAAUCACUAUGGAGUUUUUAAUCGCUUCUUCAUUAUUUGUAUUUGUGUGUAUAAAGUGAUUAAUAUUUGCAUAUGGGCAGAUCUUUAUAACAGAGACAUGCAAAUAAACUAAAUAAAUAUUGGUGAUUAAAAUGUAUAUUUCUAGCAAAAAUAAUAUACAUUUUAAAUCUUAAAAUGUUACCUUUAUUUGUAAUUUACUUUUUUUAUUUAUAUGCACAUUUCUAGCAUACAAAAAAAAAACGUAUGCAAAUAUAAAUCACUUAAAAAUGUCACUCUGGAAUGUUUAAUCACCUUUCAUUAUUUGUAAUAUUUAAUAUAUAUUUUAUUUUAUAUGCAUAUUUCUAGCACACAAAGUAAUCUGAAUAUAUGCUAAUAAAAAUCACUUAAAAUGUUAUUGUGGAGUUUUUAAUCAUCUCGCCACUUGGGAUAUUAUUAUAUAGUUUUAUAAUACACAGAUUUCUAGCAUACAAAAAAAAACAAUAUAUGUAAACGAAAAUUACUUAAAAUGUUACUGGUAUAUUUAAACACCUCUACAUUAUUUUUUGCAUUUUCAUAUGGAUAUUUUUAGCUUAAAAUAACCGACUGUAUAUAGUUUAUAAUAUAAAUCAC